AUGAAUAAAGAGGAAAAAAGAGAAUUGAAUAAAGCAUAUAAAGAUAGUAAAAUUCCUGACCUUCGAAAAAAUUUACAAAUUUUUAAAAAUCAUUUUGGUUUUUUGGUAUUUAACCAUAUGAAUAAACAAAUUGUUAUAAAAGAAAAUAUUAGAUUAGCAAUUAAUAAAUUACAUGAAAGGGUUUAUAGUAAAUGUAAAGAGUGUAUAGAAUUUAAUAAAUUUAGAAAUCAAAAAGAUAUAAAAACACCAACACCAACACCAACACCAACACCAACUCCACUAGUAAUGAAACAACAAAAUAAAAAAAAAAUAAAAAUUAUAGAUGACAGCGAAUCUGAAGAGGAAAAAGUCCAAAGAAAUAGUAGUUUAAACAAAAAAAAAAAAAUAAAAAUUAUAUAUCCAGCUGACAGCGAAUCUGAAGAAGAAAAAGUCCAAAGAAAUAGCAGUAGUUUACCUGAAAGUAAUUGGUUGGAAGAAGAACCUGAAAGUAAUUGGGAAGAAGAAAAGAAAAAGGCUAUUACAUCAUUAUUAUAUUUUACAUCAUAUGUCGAUAGUUUUUUAUUAAGAAAAAAAGUUGCAGAUAAAAAUCUACCAUUUGGUUUAAACUUUGAUAAUGGUUUUUUAUGUGAUGCUUGUCUUGACUUUAUUUUUAAUUUAAUUCUCUUCAAUAAUGAACAAUAUGUUGAUUAUAUGAAAAAAUAUAAAGUUGUUUUGGUACAAAACAUUAUAAGAGAACAAGAACAAUUAUACGAAAUUGAAAAUAAAAUGCUAAAUAAAUGUAACUAUGUCAUUCUUUUAUCAAAUAUUAUCCAUUUCCAUUGGAAUGUUAUUUUUAUUUCAAAGUAUAGUAAAGAAAUAAUUAUUUUAGAAUCAUUAAAAAGUAAUGAAAAUAUUCAAGAAUAUAAAUCUGUUUUCAAUUUUUUUAAAACUAAUGGAUCAAGAAUAAAAAAAGUUGUUAAAGUUCAAGAUGGUAAAAAUAAUUGUGAAAAUAUUUCAAAUAUUUUAUCUGGUGCCAAUAAUAUUAAAAAAAAUUAUUAUUCGUCUUAUGUUAAAAAUGAAACACAUUGUAAUUCAGUAGUUUCAAAUAAAAGUCAAAAAUCAUAUGAUGAACCUCAUGGUAACAUAAUAAUUGUCUUUCCACCUACCCGUAAUGAAUAUUUUUAA